CGACGUUUAUAAUCGUUAAUUAGCAAACGAAUGAUAUAUCUUUAUGGAUAUUGCAAAUAAUACUAGGAAACGUGUUAAUAUGACUCUGGAGAAAAUUUUAAUAUGGAUAUCAUACAUUCUUAUUGUAAGCGAAUGUCACAAUUGGAAAGGACACGACGAAGACGGUUCCAAGCUGAUACGCAUCAACGGCGACGUAAUCCUUGGCGGAAUUUUCCCAAUGCAUGAACAGGUGUCAGGUUUCAUUGGUCAGUCCCCAUGUGGCGCAGUAAAAGAAGAAAAAGGAAUGCAGCGUUUGGAAGCUAUGCUGUACGUCUUGGAUGAAAUAAAUGCGGACAAUGAUUUAUUACCUAACACCACCUUGGGCGCCCUUAUCCUUGACUCCUGUAGCAGCGAUACUUACGCCCUAGAUCAGAGCAUGGAAUUCGUCAGAUCCUACAUGAACCAAGAUAUAUCUGAAUAUAAAUGUGAAAAUGACAAGCCACCGACAUAUGCGCCACAUAAGCCAGUGACUGGCGUCAUAGGCGCUUCAUUCAGCGUUGUUUCUAUUAUGGUGGCCAAUAUUUUGAGAUUAUUUAAGAUACCGCAAGUAAGCUAUGCAUCAACGAGCACUGAACUGUCGGAUAAAAGUCGCUUCGAAUAUUUCAGUAGAGUGGUACCGCCAGAUAAUUUUCAAGCUCAGGCCAUGGUGGAAAUUAUUCAUCAACUGGGCUGGAAGUACGUUUCUACAGUUGCAGUUGAAGGUGAUUACGGAGAGAAGGGAAUUGCCAGUUUCAUUUCAUUGUCAAUGGAAUACAGUAUCUGCGUAGCAGUUAGUGAAAAGAUCCUAAGAAAUGCGAAGAAUGAAGACUUUGACAAAAUCAUUGAUCGACUUAAUUCGAAACACAAUGCCAGAGGUGUUGUUCUGUUCGUCGAUGAAGAUAAUAUAAGGAAGCUUCUUGAAGCAACUGUCAGAGCCAAUCGUACAGGCCAUUUCAUGUGGUUAGGGAGUGACUCAUGGGGUGCAAAAGUGUAUCCAGUGAGAGACCAAGAGUUCGCGGCAGAGGGUGCGAUUACAAUUUUACCGUAUCGAACGAGUCUUCAAGAUUUCGACAGCUAUUAUUUAAAUCUUCGCCCUAGAGUGGACGAUGAGUGCGAUGGUCAAACUGAAAGUAAUGUACCGCACAAACAGUUUCCCGGGAAAAUAGUGAAUUGUCGAAACGUUUGGUUCCGUGAAUUUUGGUCCCAACACCACAAAUGCAAGUCAUAUUAUGAUAAAAUACUUCAACAAUUUGCCUUAGAAUUGGAAAUAUUACUUUUGGCCAGCUUUUCUGGGAAAUUCGCCACUGUGCGACGGGCCUUUUGUCCGGUACGUGAUAUGACGACAAUUAGCGAUGAAUCAAUGGUUCGAUGGUUUGACGCAAUAUAUGCGAUGGCACAUGGCGUACAUAAUUUAAUUGAAGAAGAGUGUGUAAAUAACGUUGGAACAACACAUUAUUUGUGUGAAAAACUUCGUCCAGCACCUGACGGCCAACAGCUUCUUCAACACAUUCGAAAUGUCAGCUUCAUUGGUCGCCAGGGUACAGAAAUCAAAUUUAAAGCUGAUGGCGAUGCUUAUGGAUUUUAUAGUAUAUAUCAAUAUCAGAGAAAUGAAGACGGUCGUUUCGAUUAUGUCCUUAUUGGUACGUGGAAAGAAGAAUUGACACUUGAUAUCAACAUUACGAGAUGGGCAACAGGAGCUGGCGACUUGCACAUUCCCCGAAGUCUAUGCAGUGAUAAUUGUCCAUUAGGCCAUGUCCGUAAUUUUCAGGAAGCCUGUUGUUGGAGUUGUGUAGCAUGUCGAGAAGACUCUUAUGUUUUCAAUGACACUUGUCGCAGUUGUGGUCCAGGCUAUGCUCCAGAUGAAACAAUGACAAAUUGCAUGAAGCUUACUGCCGAAGUCAUUCCGUGGACCAGUCCAUGGGCAUUAGUGCCAUUAAUAUUCGCCACCAUCGGCAUACUUAGCACAUUGUUCACUACGGUGGUCUUUAUUCGUUUUAACCGCACUCCUGUAAUUAUGGCAUCAGGACGUGAAUUAUGUUACGUAUUGUUAGUAGGAAUUCUAUCUUGCUACGGUAUGAGUUUUGUCAUAUUAAGUAAACCAACCACAUGGAAUUGUACGUAUCUGAGAAUCGGUUUGGGUCUUUGUUUAAGCAUUUGCUAUAGCGCGAUAUUGACUAAAACAAAUCGAAUAUCACGUAUCUUCAAUCAGGAAACAAAGAGUAUAAGGAGACCUCCUUACACAUCCCCGAAGAGUCAAGUUGUGAUUGCAAUCGGGAUCACUGCAUUGCAACUAAUUGGUGCUAUCGCGUGGCUAAUUAUCGAACCACCGGACACUACGGAAAUUCAUCCUUAUCCACUAUCAGCAGUACUUACAUGCCGUGUAUCGACAUUCUCUCUGAUGAUGUCCCUCGUGUAUAACAUGUUCCUAAUACUCAUGUGCACUUUAUAUGCAUUCAAAACACGGAAGAUACCGGAGAAUUUCAACGAAGCAAAAUACAUUGGUUUUACAAUGUACUCGACGUGCAUCGUAUGGUUAGCUUUUGUGCCCAUCUACUUUGGUUCGAACAAUGAUUACAAGGUACAGAUAGCAAGCAUGUGUAUGUGCAUCAACAUCUCCGCAUCAGUAGCUCUUGGUUGCCUUUUCACGCCAAAAGUUCAUCUGGUACUCUUUCAACCAUACAAAAAUGUUCGACCUGGACAAUCUAAUACGGCUGCAUUGCAAAGCAGUAAUCGUGCAGCUUAUAGCAUGCGAUUUUACGGUGGUCGCAGCCAAACGAUGCAGAGCAUGACCUCCUGUUCUCGUAGCAGCCCACCAGCAACACGUCGAAGCCAAGACGGAAUAAAACAUGCCAGCGGUGAGACACAAGCCCUGGCGAGCCCGUCCAUCGAAGAGAGCACGGUUAGCUAG